AUGGCUGAUGAAAAGAAGCUUACGUUAUUUUCUGGACACCCUAGCCUGAAAGUCCUUUGGAUUUUAUUGUCGAGGAGAAAUGCUCUCAAGGAAAUUACCAGAAACAUCAAUACGUUGUGGUCUCGCUAUCAGCCAAUAGACUCUAAACCCAAUACCUUAAACCAAUCCAAUUCUUUUCGAGAACAUGUCCUUAUAUCUAUCAACAGCAAUCAACCUCUGAUAUUGGGAAAGAAAAUCCAAAAGAUUCAAACGCAUAAGACGACAGUUUCAAACUUUGUCAAUACCGUAGAGGCAAGGAUAAAAGAUAGUCCUUUUUGUACUGUCAAAAGAUCGGUUCAAAUUGAUGCUCAAACGUUUUGGAGAUUAGCGAAAGAAUCUGGGAUUGAAGACUAUCCUAAAAGCUCUAAGAACGAGGAAAUGUUGUCUGAUUUUUAUUACAAGCUUUUCGAUUUCUCCAAGAUUGGAUUUAGAGCCAGGGAGAGUAUUUCUAUUGGUAGAAAGAUAUUCAAACAGAUGUCAAGUUUGGGUCUUGGACCAUGGGAUAACAGCAGUAUUGCAGUGCAAGGAAAGCGUUUUCAAUGUUAUUUGGAAUUAGGAUGUGAUGGCCGCAGAAAAACAUUCUUGAUAUUUUCUUAUACGUCGCAAAAAACAAUGGCACUCGCCUGUCCCCGUUCCAGCGCCCUUCAUCUUCAGAAUAAUUAUAAUCAAUUUAGGUUAAAGCCUAGCCAGCUUCAAGACGAACAUAAAAAGUAUUUAAUAAGCUACGUUGACGAGUUUCGCCAGACACAUAUAAAAGAUGCUAUAGGUAGCUUAUCUGAAAAAUUCCAAAAGUUUAGUCUAAAAUAA